AUGAAUUCCGAACGCCGCUUCGAGGACCAGUUGGAGCACCAACAGAAUGUGCCUACCAAUUCUGACCGCCAGCAUGCAAACGCAGCGUAUGGCGCUGGUGACUACAACUCAACCGUAUCUGGAGCCACCUCGGACGCCAUCAAACAUGCCCUCGGCCGUCACCAAGAUCCAAACUUCCGCCCUGACCAUACCGUAAAUGCCGAUACGACCCAGCGACCGGUAUCAAAUUCAAGAGAAGGCGGUGUUACAGGGGUUGGCGAGGGUCCUCAGAUUCUGAGUACAUCGAAACAUCUCGAGAUACUUUGUGGACCUCUGCUCAAUUACAGAUACAUGAGCGGCCAGUCGACCGACAAUCCUUCGUGGCAUGGAAGCGUCUUGAUUGUCACGACCCCUGGUCAAAGAGCCCCUCAGCUUGUCAUCCGCAGCGCUGGUGCCAUUCAACACUCACAGGAAGUCGACGGUGUGAAAUUGUACGAGGAUCCUAAGAGUGCCUUCUGGCGUUUCGACAUCCAAGUGCCAUUCCUGGCUCAAGAGUCGAAAUGGGAGUACGGUAUCCCUGGCGCCAAAUAUGUUGACUCCAAGAAGACGGGCACUCCUGGUCCCAAGUCGUUCUACAUCCCUUCGAAGACCGAGUCAAUGAGAAUCAUGUUCCACUCUUGUAACGGCUUCUCAGUCGGUACUGAUACUGAUGCGUGGUCUGGCUGCGCUCUGUGGAACGACGUCUUGCGCAUGCACGAGAAGAAGCCUUUCCACGUAAUGAUCGGCGGAGGUGAUCAGAUCUACAACGACGGUGUUAGAGUGGACGGUCCUCUGAAGCCAUGGACUGACAUCGGUUCGCCUCACAAAAGACGUCACUUCCCUUUCAACGAAGACCUGCGCGCCAAGUGCGACGAUUACUACUUUAAUAAUUACGUCCGCUGGUACGGGACUGAGCCCUUCUCUUUCGCAAACGGUCAGAUCCCUCAGCUCAACAUCUGGGAUGAUCACGACAUCAUUGACGGCUUCGGUAGCUACACUGACCAUUUCAUGAGAUGUGCCGUCUUCAGAGGUAUCGGUGGUGUAGCUCACAAGUACUACUUGCUCUUCCAGCACCAUCUUGCGCCGCCGAAGAGUACCUUUACUACUGACGCACCCCAGACCGUGCACGCCAACGAGCACGGUACAGCUUCGCCCGAUGCUGUUCAACUGAACGAUGCAUUCGUCAAGACCAGCGGCCAAGAAGAGCCGUCGUACAUCAUUGGUUCGAAGCCCGGUCCUUACGUCGAAGAGCGCAGUAGAUCCAUGUACUGUCAGCUUGGUGCACGUAUCGCCUUCGUUGGUGUUGAUGCUAGAACCGAGCGAACCAGACAUCAGAUCAACUACCCCGAGACCUACGAUCAAAUCUUCCAGCGCACUUCCGCUGAGCUUCAGGCAAACCCUGCCAUCAAGCAUUUGAUUCUACUGCUCGGUGUUCCAAUCGCGUACCCACGUCUGCAGUGGUUGGAGAACAUCCUCCAAUCGCCUCUCAUUGGCCCUCUCCGUUUCCUUAACAAGAGAUUCGGAGUAGCUGGUGGAUUCUUUAACCAAUUCGAUGGCCAAGUGGAUCUUCUCGACGAUUUGGAUGAUCACUACACAGCUCAUCAGCACAAGACUGAGCGCAGAGAGCUGAUCCAGCGUUUGCAAGACCUGGCAAAGAGACAUGGUGUUCGUGUCUCGAUCCUCGGUGGUGACGUUCAUCUCGCAGCUUUAGGUCGCUUCUACAGCAACCCCAAACUUAAUAUUCCUAUUGAGCAAGACUGGCGCUACAUGGCCAACAUCGUUUCGUCUGCCAUUACCAACAAGCCUCCUCCUUCGGCUGUCGCAAACUUGCUCGCUAGUCGCAACAAGAUCCAUCAUCUCGAUCACGACACGGAUGAAACGCUGCUCAAUCUGUUCGAUAAGGACCCUGGCCAUGAACGUGACGACAUCAAGAACAAGACAAAGGACAAGAACCACUGCACGAUGCCCAGUCGCAAUUACGCGAUCAUCGCCGAGUCGCAUAGUGGCAUCGGAUCUUCUGCCACAGCUGCUGUUGACGCCGCAACAAACGGCACCACUAAUGGUCAUGCUAAUGGUCACACCAAUGGCCACACAAAUGGUGCCUCUACCCUGACCGCAACUCGAUUCCCAGCUGGAGACAACCCUCGCAAUGCUUUGCACGCGGGCGAGCAACAGGCUGGUACUACUCACCCCGCUGCUGAGGGCCUUCAAAACACCGGUCUUGGUGGUCCCGACGGCCUUGACGUCUGCAUCAAGGUCGAGAUCUCGCCCAGCGACCGCGAGGGCCAUACUCAAGGUUAUGGUUUCUCAAUCCCUGGUCUCGAUGCUGGCGCAUACAAGAGUCAGGGCACUGCGUGGUAG